GUGUCGGUGUUCUGCAGCCGCUGAUAUGGAGUCAGGAGAGCGACUAACAUCAUCAUCAGCCUCCUCUACUACAGCUACUUCCUCUCCUGCAUCUUCUACACCUUCUGUAGCAUCAGCAGUUUCGAAAGCUGGCCUUUCCACUGGAGCUGCAUCACUUAGCUCCACAAUCAACACAUGCGGACAUUUAUUCAGAACAGCUGGGGAUCAACCGUGUAACCUGUCCACAGUGUCGAGUGCCUUCCCAAUGGUCAGCCACCCAGUCUUUGGUCUACAUACAGCCAGCUCAGGGCAUUCAGAGUUUGGUGGCUUGGGAACACUUGGUACUCCCACAGCCUUAGCAGCACAUCCCCAACUAGCACCUUUUCCAGGUACAGAAUGGUGGCGAACAGAUGUGCACACUCGUACAGGGGCUGCUUUUUUCCCACCUCUUCUGGGAAUUCCACCACUAUUUGCUCCUCCUGCCCAGAAUCAUGAUUCCAGUUCAUUCCAUUCAAGAACUACAGGAAAAAAUAGUCGAGGUGGUUUAGAAAAAGGUGUGAAUGGAUCAGUAAAUGGGAACAGUACAACAUCAGUAUCUGCGGUCAACACAUCCGUAUUGCUCACUACCACUGCAAGCUCUGCAGGACAAGCAAAGGCUAUAACCUCAGGAGCGGGAGGUCGCAAAUGUAACCAGGAACAAAACAAAAAACAGCUAUUGGAUACCAGAGCUGACAAAAUCAAAGAUAAGAAACCAAGAAAGAAAGCAAUAGAAAGCUCCAGCAAUAGUGAUAGUGAUUCAGGCUCCUCUUCGGACACCUCAAGUGAAGGCAUUAGUAGUAGUGACUCAGAUGAUCUAGAGGAAGAUGAGGAGGAGGAGGAGGAGGAGGAAGAUCAAAGCAUUGAAGAAAGUGAAGAUGAUGAUUCUGAUUCAGAGAAUGAAGCACAACAUAAAAACAAGAACAAGGUGCUAAUGCAUAGUGGUGUAACAGACAUGAAAGCAGAUGGACAAAAAACACAUGAAAAGUCCCAGGAAAAGAGAACACACCAGCAGAUACCUCUUGUGUCUGAUUCCCAGACUCCCUCGUCAUUCCAAUCCCAGCAGAAGCAGCCUCAGGUUUUGUCACAGCAGCUUCCCUUUAUUUUCCAAAGCUCUCAGGCAAAGGAGGAAUCUGUGAACAAACACACAAGUGUAAUACAGUCUACGGGAUUGGUGCCCAGUGUGAAACCUUUGUCUUUGGUAAAUCAAGCCAAAAAGGAAACUUAUUUAAAACUUAUAGUUCCUUCUCCUGAUCUACUGAAAGCAGGGAAUAAAAAUACCUCUGAAGAAUCUAGCCCUUUAAACAGUGAUGUAAGAUCAAAACGGGAACAGUAUAAACAGACAUUCCCAGCACAAUUAAAGAAACAAGAAUCCUCUAAGAACCUGAAGAAGAUUAUCACAGCUUUGUCAAGUCCAAAACCAACCUGUAGUUUACCGGCUCAUCAAAAACACACAUCUCAAGAAAACAACCAUUCUAAUCCAUUCUUGACAAAUGCACUUUUAAGUAAUCACCAACCCAAUGGAGUUAUUCAGAGUGUCAUCCAGGAAGCACCGCUGGCACUUACAACCAAAUCUAAAUCUCAGCCCAAGAUAAAUGAAAACAUAGCUACUUCUAGCAGUGCCCCCUUUUCUUCAUUAGGAAAUGUAAGUACAUGUGGGAAAAAAACAUCUGGUAACCGGACACCUGUUAUGCCCUCUACCUCUCCUGUGUUACCUGGUCUGGGAAAGGAAAAAGCCGUCAGCAAUAAUGCAAUAACAGCAGUAAAAACACAGCACCGCCUUCAUUCUUCAAAAUCUUUAGUGGAACAAUUUAGAGGAACAGAUUCAGACAUUCCUAGUAGUAAAGACUCUGAUGACUCAAAUGAAGAGGAUGAUGAUGACGAUGAUGAUGAAGACGAUGAUGAAGAUGAAGAUGAUGAGGAUUCUGAUGAUAGUCAAUCAGAGUCUGACAGUAAUUCAGAGUCAGAUACAGAAGGGUCUGAAGAUGAUGAUGAGGAUGACAAAGAUCAAGAUGAAUCUGAUACCGAUACUGAGGGAGAGAAAACGCCACUGAAACUGAAUAAAACAUCUUCCUCUGUGAAAAGCUCUUCCAUCAGUCUCACAGCUCACUCUACCCCACUUAAUCUCCAAGUAGUAAAGACUCCAAGCUCUGCUCCUGCUGCCUUAUGUCCUGAAUCCCAGUCACCAGUUUUUCUUGGGACGCCUUCUUCCACACUUACUCCAAGUACACACUGUGGUACUUCAAAAAGGCGAAGAGUAACAGACGAACGAGAGUUGCGUAUUCCUUUAGAGUAUGGCUGGCAAAGAGAAACACGAAUAAGGAAUUUUGGUGGUCGCCUUCAAGGAGAAGUAGCAUAUUAUGCACCAUGUGGAAAGAAACUGAGACAGUAUCCUGAAGUAGUAAAGUAUCUCAGCAGAAAUGGAAUAAUGGAUAUCUCAAGGGACAAUUUCAGCUUCAGUGCAAAAAUAGGAGUGGGUGACUUCUAUGAAGCCAGAGAUGGACCGCAGGGUAUGCAGUGGUGUCUCCUGAAAGAAGAGGAAGUCAUUCCCCGUAUCAGAGCUAUGGAAGGUCGUAGAGGACGACCACCAAAUCCAGAUAGACAGCGUGCUAGAGAAGAAUCAAGAAUGAGGCGUCGCAAAGGCCGACCUCCAAAUGUUGGUAGCACUGAAUUUUUAGACAACACUGAUGCAAAGCUAUUAAGGAAAUUGCAAGCUCAAGAAAUAGCUAGGCAAGCAGCACAAAUAAAACUUUUGAGAAAACUUCAGAAGCAGGAACAGGCUCGAGCUGCCAAAGAAGCAAAAAAACAGCAAGCUAUUAUGGCCGCUGAAGAAAAGCGGAAGCAAAAAGAACAGAUAAAGAUAAUGAAACAGCAGGAAAAAAUUAAGAGAAUUCAACAAAUCAGAAUGGAAAAAGAACUUCGGGCUCAGCAGAUUUUAGAGGCUAAAAAGAAAAAGAAGGAAGAAGCAGCAAAUGCCAAAUUAUUGGAGGCUGAGAAACGAAUAAAGGAAAAAGAGAUGCGAAGGCAGCAGGCUGUUCUUCUGAAACAUCAGGAGUUGGAGAGGCAUAGACUAGAUAUGGUAUGGGAACGAGAGAGGAGAAGACAGCAUAUGAUGCUUAUGAAAGCCAUGGAAGCACGUAAAAAAGCAGAAGAGAAAGAGCGGUUAAAGCAAGAGAAACGCGAUGAAAAAAGAUUAAAUAAAGAGCGUAAACUGGAACAGCGAAGAUUGGAAUUAGAAAUGGCUAAGGAGCUAAAGAAGCCUAAUGAAGAUAUGUGCUUAGCAGACCAGAAGCCUUUGCCAGAGUUGCCUCGCAUUCCAGGCCUUGUUCUCUCUGGAAGCACAUUUUCAGACUGUCUCAUGGUGGUGCAGUUCUUGCGCAACUUUGGUAAAGUUCUUGGCUUUGAUGUGAAUAUGGAUGUCCCUAAUCUAAGUGUUCUUCAGGAGGGCUUGUUAAACAUAGGGGACAGCAUGGGAGAAGUACAAGACUUACUUGUAAGGCUCCUCUCAGCUGCAGUUUGUGAUCCAGGACUAAUCACAGGAUACAAGGCCAAAACAACUCUUGGGGAACAUUUGUUGAAUGUUGGUGUCAACCGUGACAAUGUUUCUGAGAUUCUACAGAUUUUUAUGGAAGUUCACUGUGGGCAAACUGAGCUUACAGAAAGUCUAAAGACCAAAGCUUUCCAGGCACAUACUCCAGCUCAGAAAGCAUCGGUACUUGCUUUCCUUAUUAAUGAGUUAGCAUGCAGCAAAAGUGUAGUGAGUGAAAUUGAUAAGAACAUUGAUUAUAUGUCAAAUUUAAGAAGAGAUAAAUGGAUGGUUGAAGGCAAAUUGCGGAAGCUUAGAAUCAUUCAUGCCAAGAAAACCGGCAAGAGAGACACUACAGUGGGCGGUGAUAUAGGAGAAGAACAGCAUUCAUUGGGUACAUCUACUCCAGGCCGCAAACGGAGACGGAAGGGAGGAGACAGUGAUUAUGAUGAUGAUGAUGACGAUGAUAGUGAUGAUCAAGCAGAUGAGGAUGAUGAGGAUGAAGAGGACAAAGAUGACAAAAAGGGAAAGAAGGCAGAAGUUUGUGAAGAUGAGGAUGAUGGGGACCAGGCAGCAAGUGUUGAAGAGUUAGAGAAACAGAUUGAAAAACUCACCAAGCAACAAAGCCAAUACAGAAGGAAGUUAUUUGAAGCCUCUCACUCUUUACGGUCAAUGAUGUUUGGUCAGGAUCGUUACAGACGCCGGUAUUGGAUUCUACCCCAGUGUGGGGGUAUUUUUGUGGAAGGCAUGGAAAGUGGUGAAGGUCUAGAAGAAAUUGCAAAAGAAAAAGAGAAGUUAAAAAAAGCAGAAAGUAUACACAUCAAAGAAGAGAUGUUUGAGACCUCAGAGGAAAAAGUAAACUGUAUAAAUACAAGUCACUGUGAGCAGAAAGAAGAGCUUAAGGAAAAGAAUAACACUAAUUUGUUUCUACAGAAGCCUGGCUCUUUUUCAAAGCUAAGCAAACUGUUGGAGGUAGCAAAGAUGCCUCCUGAAUCUGACAUUAUGUCACAAAAACCCAAUGGCAGUGCAGCAAAUGGGUGCACACUAUCUUAUCAAAAUAACUCUAAAAACUCUCUCUGCAGCCUUCAGCCCAUAUCACAAAGCAGCUCUGAAAAGUCAGAUUCUAAUAAUCUUUUUAAUCCCAUUGCAAGUGGGCCAGGGAAGUUUUACAAUUCUCCAUUAAUUCCAAAUGACCAGUUGUUAAAGACUCUUACAGAAAAGAGCAGACAGUGGUUCAGCCUUUUACCAAGACUACCAUGUGAUGAUGCAUCAGUUACCCAUUCAGAUACACCAGCUGGUUCUUCUUCGCUAACUCUGCAUUCAAAUCCUCCCUCAAAAUCACCUUCACCAGUCCCAUCUCCUCAUAUCACUUCUACCUCUGUACAGAGUCCAAUGGGAAUAAGUCCUUUUGCAUUAUCAUCACUUCAGCAGAUGAAGACUGGAUUACCUAUAAUGGGACUUCAAUUUUGUGGAUGGCCUACAGGAGUUCUUACUUCAAACCUUCCAUUCUCAUCUCCCUUACCUAGUGUUGGAUCAGGGUUAGGAUUGUCAGACGGAAAUGGUAAUUCAUUUUUGACGCCCAAUGUUCCUACAAGUAAAAGUGAAUCACCGGUACCACAAACUGAAAAAACAGCUUCUGCUCCCUCUACAGGAGUUGAAGUAGCCAAGCCAGUAGAUUAUCCUAGCCCAAAACCCAUACCAGAAGAAAUGCAAUUUGGCUGGUGGAGAAUUAUUGAUCCAGAGGACCUAAAAGCUUUGCUUAAAGUACUACAUCUCAGGGGAAUAAGAGAGAAGGCCUUACAGAAGCAAAUACAGAAACACAUGGAUUACAUUACUUUGGCCUGCAUCAAGAACAAAGAUGUACUGCCAGAUAUGUCGAAAGGGAGAUAAUGAGGAACUUCUGCUUCUUUGUGAUGGCUGUGACAAAGGCUGUCAUACAUACUGCCAUAGACCCAAGAUCACUACUAUACCAGAGGGUGACUGGUUUUGUCCUGCCUGCAUAGCAAAGGCAAGUGGUCAAACCCUAAAAAUAAAAAAACUUCAAAUCAAAGGGAAAAAAAGUAAUGAACAAAAGAGAGGCAGGAAAUUGUCUUUAACAGGAGAUACGGAGGAUGAAGACUCUGCAACUACAAGCAGCUCUUUAAAAAGAGGAAAAACAGACCCCAAAAAAAGAAAAAUAGAUGAAAAUAUUUCUAACCAAUUAAAACAAGAAAGCUUCACGCCUGCGAAAAAACCUAAAAGAGAUGAAUCCAAGGACCUGGCUAUAUGCAGCAUGAUCCUGUCUGAAUUGGAAACUCAUGAAGAUGCAUGGCCUUUUCUUCUUCCUGUAAACUUGAAACUUGUUCCUGGUUAUAAGAAGGUUAUUAAAAAACCUAUGGACUUUUCCACCAUCAGAGAGAAGCUAAGCAGUGGACAGUACCCUAAUCUUGAAGCAUUUUCUCUAGACAUCAGGCUUGUUUUUGACAACUGUGAAACCUUUAAUGAAGAUGAUUCUGACAUAGGCAGGGCUGGCCACAACAUGAGGAAAUAUUUUGAAAAGAAAUGGACAGAGAUUUUCAAAGUGAGCUGAAUUUAUCAGAACUCAGUUUUUUUCCUUAAACAAGGACAAAUGAGACCAGCAAUGUGAACUGUAUUUACAUAAAAAGUGCAAGGCACACGCAUAACUAAUGACUGUUUUUUUUUCCUUAAAGAGAAGUAUCACAGAAGAGUGAUACUAAUUCUAAAGGCUUCACUCCUACAGCAACCAUGGCCCUUGGUUAUUGGUUUGUGUGUUUUAUCAAACUAAUUUAGGUAGAACAGGGAAGCACACCCAAAGAAUUUCAAAGAAAGGGGUGUUAUAGUGCAAUAGCAAUUUAAAAUAUAUCAAAACGCACUGAAUAUUCAACCACCAGAGCUCUACUUGGGGAAAUGGUUCUCUUUUCCCUUUCAAUAAAUAUCUAUUUUUCAUUUUUUUACUUUGUAGUUUAUUUUUUAGUGAAUGUAUUUAAUUUUAUGAAUUAUUUAUGAUUAAACAGCAUCCAGAAUCUUCGUUUUCUGUGAAAAGGAAGAAUUAGAAAAAUUGCUUUAAAUCUUGAAAAUACAACAAGGAAUGUUUUAAAAUAUAAAACAAAGCCAAGUAAAACUGUUUACACUGAUGUGCUAUAAAAGCACUAAAAGUUAAAACUUUACUGUAGAGUUACAAGUACAUUUAUAUAUAUAUGUUGCUGCAUCACUUGUGUAGUAAAAUUGUAUUUGAAGACAGUGAAGAAAAUUGGAGACAUAUGUAUAUACUGUUCAUUAUUGUUUAUAUUACGUCUUGUUUUAAAUAUGUAUGAUGUGUACAUAUUAUUUGCAGACAUUAUUGUUUAUGCCUUAGAAGGACUGUAGCAUUUUAUUUUAGUCUUAAGGUAAUUAUAGCUAUAUGGCUUGUACAGUAAUUAUCCUCUACCAACACUGUGGAGUCUCCUUAAUCUUGGUAGUGCCUGCCUUUAAAACAGGGUGUAGGGGAUAUUAGUUUUCCAUUUUUCUAUUUUGUUAUAUAAUUUCAAGCCACCAGGGCCUCAGAUUUAAGUAUAAUCAUUUGUAUCCAUGUGAAAUAAAAUUGUGACAAUUUCUUACGCACACAGUAUUUUUUCAUAGAAACAUUUCCCUCCAUUUGCCUUGCCACAGAAAUAACAAAAGACAUUUGUAACCACUGUGUUUUAUCUACUGUGUGUUGUGGUGGCCUGUUGGAGGCAGAUAGAUCAGAAUUUUUUUUUUUUUGUACGUAUGUAAGAGUACUUGAAGCUUUAUUUAAAACAAAAACGUUGUGGAAAAGGUAGCAUUCUUUUUUCUUUUUUUCUUUUUAUAGGAGUGUUAUUUUUCACUAGUAUGUGUGGCACGGAUACAAUAAAAGACUGUUUUCCAAACCA